AGCGGUUCACAUAUCCUCCUCCUACCCCAACCUCGCCGCUUCCACGCCUGUAUUGUCCAUUUGGGAGUGGCUUCAUCGGACGGGUCCAACCCCCUAGAAAAAAACAAAACAUCUGCAGUAGCAGUAUCUACGACCAGGCUGAGGUGAAAACAGCACUGUCCCUGUCUGCAAAAAUGAUAACAUUAGCAUUUGAAACGAGCGAAUAUAAGUAACGCCUGACAACUGGAGAGAUAUUCUCUGCGGAAUAGAGCGGAGAGGAAACGGGAUCGUAUCCGCACAAAAAGCCAGUCCAAACUAACACGGCACGUAAAGGAAGAUUCUAUAAAGAAGAAACGAACACGCCGUCCGAGAAUAUGGGACUGGAGGAAAAUGUUUGAAGGAGAAGGUGCGUGCACUUUCGGACUGCUGUUACAGUUUUAGGAUUUUAAGGUUGAAACCCAGAAGCAUGGAGGCCACAAACAUUCUGUCUGUCUUGAAGAAAAAACUGGCCUUUCUUUCAGGGGGCAAAGACAGACGCAGUGGCCUGAUUCUGACCAUCCCGCUGUGCACAGAGAACACCAGCAUGGAGGAGCUCAGCUCUACGCUCGACUACCUACUCAGCAUCCCCAGUGAGAAGUGCAAGUCCAGGGGCUUCACUGUGAUCGUGGACGGCAGGAAGUCCCAGUGGAACACGGUGAAGACCGUCGUGCUGAUGCUGCAGAAUGUUAUUCCACCGGAGGUGUCCUUGGUAUGUGUCGUCAAGCCCGAUGAAUUCUGGGACAAGAAGGUGACGCACUUCUGUUUCUGGAAGGAAAAGGACCGGCUGGGCUUCGAGGUGAUUCUGGUUUCAGCCAAUAAGCUCACACGAUACAUUGAGCCCUGCCAGCUGACAGAUGAGUUUGGAGGAACUCUCGUCUAUGAUCACAUUGACUGGCUGAAUAAACGUCUGGUCUUUGAGAAAUUCACCAAGGAGUCCACAUCCCUCCUGGAUGAGCUUGCCGUCAUCAACGAGAACGAGAAAGGAAGCCAGCCUGACAAAGACCGCCCAGCCGACUGUGGCAUGCUGCCCUCUCUGGACCCUGAGACAGUGCUUCAGAACGGUCAUGAGUUGCUGUCGGAGCUGCAGCAGCGGCGGUUUAACGGUUCGGAGGGGGGUACGGGGACGGCCUGGUCCCCCAUGGAUGACGAGCUGCUGGCCCAGCCGCAGGUGAUGAAGCUGCUGGACUCUCUGAGGGAGCAGUACACCAAGUACCAGGAGCUGUGCAGGCAGCGCAGCAAGCGCUCGCAGCUGGACGAGAUCCACACCAAGGUCAUGCAGGUUGUGAACUGGCUGGAGGGGCCUGGAACUGAACAGCUCCGCACGCAGUGGGGGAUCGGCGACUCCAUCAGGGCAUCCCAGGCUCUGCAACAGAAGCACGAGGAGAUCGAGAGCCAGCACAGCGAGUGGUUUGCUGUCUAUGUGGAGCUGAACCAGCAGAUCGCUGCCCUGCUGAACUCUGGGGAUGAGGAGGACCUGGUGGACCUGAAGGGCCUGCAGCAGCAGCUGAGUGACGUGUGCUACAGACAGGCCAGCCAACUGGAGUUCAGACAGAACGUGCUGCAGUCCGCCCACGACUUCCACAGCACCGCCCAGGACUUGUCGCAGCAGCUAGACGGGCUACUGGGCAUGCUCUGUGUGGAUGUGGCCCCAGCCGAUGGAGCUGCCAUCCAGCAAACACUGAAGCAUCUGGAGGAGAAGCUGAAGACUGUGGAGGGAACUCUGCAAGGCUUGAGGGAGAAAGGACAGGUUCUACUCGACCAAAUCUCCACCCAGACAUCCUGGUCGUAUGGGAAGGAUGUGAAUGAGGAAAGCAAGGAGAACGUUGACCACAUCCACGGCGUCAUGGAAGACAUGCAGCUGCGGAAACAGAGGUGUGAGGACAUGGUGGAUGUGCGGAGGCUGAAGAUGCUUCAGAUGGUCCAGCUGUUUAAGUGUGAAGAGGAUGCAGUGCAGGCAGUGGAAUGGCUGGGGGAGCUUCUGGAUGCUCUCCUGAAGACCCACAUCAGACUAGGAGACGAUGCACAAGAAUCAAAAGUGCUUCUGGAGAAGCACAAGAAGUUUGUGGAUGUUGCUCAGAGCACCUAUGACUAUGGCAGGCAGCUGCUCCAGGCGACUGUGGUCCUCUGCCAGUCCCUGCGCUGCACCACGCGCUCCUCAGGCGACACCCUGCCACGCCUCAACCGCGUCUGGAAGCAGUUCUCCGUCACCUCCGAGGAGCGGGUCCAGCGACUCGACAUGGCCGCCUCCUUCCAUGCCGCGGCCGAGAAGGUGCUGAAAGAGGGAGCAGAACAGGGUGAGGACUUAGAGGCAAACUUUGAGGCCUAUGAGGAGGUGGAGGCCAUCGGGCGAUCUGUGCUGGACAGACUGACGGUGCCUGUGGUUUUUCCCGACGGGACUGAGCAGUACUUCGGCAGCCCUGGUGACAUGGCCUCCUCCGCCCGAGCCAUCAGGGACAGAAUGAAGCUGGUGGAGCUGAAGAGGAUGCAACAGGAAGAGGCAGAGCAUCCUCAGGAAAAUGAUCUGGAGAUGGACCCCCAGGAUAGCUAAUGAUUCCUCCCCAGAUGCCUGCCCAGGAGCCAGGACUCCCUUAAGCACCAUGCAACACCUGUCACAAAUCCCAGUGUACACAGCUGCCAGGGCACUAUGGGAAACCGUGCUCUCAAACAGCCCCCAGGGCACCAUGGGAAACCCACACACUCACACAGCCCCCAGGGCACCAUGGGAAACCCACACUCUCACACAGCCCCCAGGGCACCAUGGGAAACCCACACUCUCACACAGCCCCCAGGGCACCAUGGGAUACCCACACUCUCACACAGCUCCCAGGGCACCAUGGGAAACCCACACUCUCACACAGGCCCCAGGGCAUCAUGGGAAACCGUGCUCUCAAACAGCUCCCAGGGCACCAUGGGAAACCCACACUCACAGAGCCCCCAGGGCACCAUGGGAAACCCACACUCUCACACAGCUCCCAGGGCACCAUGGGAAACCCACACUCUCACACAGCCCCCAGGGCACCAUGGGAUACCCACACUCUCACACAGCUCCCAGGACACGAUGGGAAACCCACACUCUCACACAGCUCCCAUGGCACCAUGGGAUACCCACACUCUCACACAGCUCCCAGGGGACCAUGGGAUACCCACACUCUCACGCAGCUCCCAGGGCACCAUGGGAUACCCACACUCUCACACAGCUCCCAGGGCACCAUGGGAUACCCACACUCUCACACAGGCCCCAGGGCACCAUGGGAUACCCACACUCUCACACAGCUCCCAGGGCACCAUGGGAUACCCACACUCUCACACAGCUCCCAGGGCACCAUGGGAUACCCACACUCUCACACAACCCCCAGGGCACCAUGGGAAAGCCACACUCUCACACAGCUCCCAGGGCACCAUGGGAAACCCGUGCUCACACAGCCCCCAGGGCACCAUGGGAUACCCAGGCUCUUAUGGGCGGUAUCAGCGUCCUGUUCUUCCUCAACAGACCGCCACCUUGCCAAACUGUAUCACGGCGGAGUGCUCAGUUAAUAGCCCUCUGCUCCUGCCAUGACAUACGUAUGUAAAUUGGAUGACUGUGAAUGACUGUGUUGGCACUUACCUGUCCAGCACGGGCAGGCGAGACUCAUAAUGGCACAGAAUGCGUAGCUUCAUCUCGGUCCUCUGUGUUCUCUGCCACUGUAGAAUUUCUUGGCCAUAUGUGGACUUCCUGUUUGUAGACGGUAAGAAAUGCAUUUCCCUUCCUUUCACGUUUUUAAAUAGUCGCUGGUCGCUGCAUCUUUUUUAACAGUACCAAUGGGCAAAGCCACCCUGCAGCCCUUUUGUAUGAGCAGAAACUGCCUAGCCCACUGUUUUCAGAUGGUUAUUGUGAACAAUACAUUUUGCAGGUACGUAAACCCACUUUUAAAAAGGCCCUGAUUACUGUGGAACUUGCGCAUAUUAAUAUUAAACAUCUCCUCAUAGGCUUUGUUACAAAUGUGCACUAUAAUUAACGCUCGUUUCACUUAAUAGAACUACAGUGAGAAUUAUUCUUUCAGAAUUCCAAACUGCCAUUAACAGUUUAUGUACACUUCCUGUAUCUUGAAGUAUGUUCUUAAAAUGUCAAUACAAUAUUUAUUUUGUUUUGCUGUAGUUUUAACAUAUUCUGAUAGCAAUUUUACACUUGCAGGUAUAAUUAUGUAUAUCAUACAGAUCUGGGUUAUAAAAAUAAUUUCUAAUGGUAUCCCUAAAUGAGCAAGAGUUUGUAAAGGAUAGACUGUAAAAGUGCACAAAGGUCACAAAAUAUUCAUGCGCCAUUUAAGUGUUAUACAAGUUAAUACAUUUUGCGGUAUCAUUGUGAUAUUUAUUUCUAAACUGAAUUAAAUAUAUUCAUUCAGUGUGAA